AAAAAACGUAUGAAACUUCUGGGUUUCUUUUCACACACAUACACUCGAUCCCCACCCAACCUCCAUUUCAAUGGCAUCGUGAAAUAAUAAACUUUGUAUUUAUAGAGAAUUGUGUUGUUGAUUACAUGCCAUUGUUGGGAGAAUCUGGACAAAUUUCCUCAAUGAAUCGUUCCUGUGAAUACAACAUUAACUAUUCUACUCCAAUACAACUGACAUUCAAACUUAACAGCUUUGUCCCCCAGAACAGCAGCAUUAAUGUGUUACAAGGAAUCAGAAGUUUAUAUAGGUUUAAAUCUAUUGCAAAUAUCACUUCGAAAGAUUCUGCGAAGACGAGAUAUUUCUGCAGAAAUAGGGUGUUUUCAGAUUAUGAUGUGAUAACCAUUCGUACUAAUGCAGGAAAUAUGUGGUCUCAUCUGACUUUCACGCCCUUUAUUUCUGGUAAGUUUUCCUAGUGUUACCGUGAUUAUUAGUGAGACAGUUCUUGGAAGCAAAUUAAGAAAAUAAUGAUAUAUCAAAACCGUUGAAAGGUUUGUGUUGCACGAUUAAAACCACAACUUUUACGGGACCUAGUUUGGAGUCGUCAGUAAUUAUCGAUAAUUCAUUACAUAGUCGUAUUCUUUUUUCUGCUCUGCCCCACGCCCGCUGUCGCACAGUUAUUUUGGAUCGCAUUACUAAAUAUAUACAGGGUAUUUAAAAAAAUGGAUAAAGAUCGAGUCAUAGGAAUAAUGGUGUAAGACAUAUGAACAGUAUUGAAUUUUGAUGAUGCAUCUUUCUUCAAAUAAUUAAUUUUACAUGUACUUUAUAUUAUAAAAAAACUAAUAUUUUUUCUAAUUUGCCUAUUUGAACAUGCAAGAAUGUAGGUGUUACCAUCUUUACUGAUUCUUGAACCACAAGUUCCUGGUUAUUUUUACUCGUCUUAUUAUUAGCAUGACAAAAUUACUGGAUGCUGAUUGGUUGAGAGGGGUACAAUUAUUUUAUUAAUUGUAUUGCAGUACAAUUAAUGAUUUUCCCAAAACAAACAAAGUGGUGGAAAGGUAUUUUGAACACAAAUGGGGAAUGAAUUUGCCCUUGAUGAACUAAAUGAAAAUACGAACAAAAGUACCAAAUUUUGGUUGAAAGUCAGGCAGGACUGGGCUUUGACGAGAGAAUAUGAUCGUGACGGAGAAGUAUCCAAUUUUGUCAUGCUAAUAAAAAUCAUUUGAUUUUUAUUAGCAUGACAAAAUUGGAUACUUCUCCGUAUUCGUACAAUUAGGGAUUAAUAGUACUAGUGAUGUUUGGAAAUUUUCCAAAUUGGACUCGCCAAGACUGCUCGUCCAAUUUUGGCAAAAUUUCCAAAUAUCGCUUGUUCUAUUAAUCCCUAACCUUGUACUCGCCAUCGCAUGAAUACCUACACUGUAAAUUAAAAAGGGCUGAAACGACCCAAAAAAUGGGGGCAAAACGGUAACCGCAAAAUAGAUCUUUUGGGGGUGAAAAUGGCACCUAUAACAAUGCGAACUCUAAGGGCUGAUUUGGCCCUUCCAUUGUAAGGGCUGUUUUAGCUUUUAGUAGGAGCUGUUUUAGCAAAAGCAGGGAGAAGCAAAGAAGAGCUGCUUUAGAGCCGAAGGAGCUAAUAUAGUUUUUUUCAUGGUGUGGUUUGUAGCACCUAAAGGGUCGAUUUGGUUCGAUUUCAGAGCCAUUGUAGACCCAAACAAAAAGCCAAUUUAACCCAUACUUUGUUAACCGGAGCUCUUCCGUCCCUUUCAGAGAAGAGCAGUCUUAUUGGCCGUUGGAUGAGGGUCGAAAAUGUUCAAUUCCGUAGCACUCCUCGUGUAACUACAUACUUUUUACAUGAAUGGAUAGAUUAGAACUUACUUAGUUAGAAUCCACUUCCCCCCAAGCGAAAUAGUUACCAAAUUGAAGUAUAACCUCUCUAAAGUACAGGCUUCUUCGAAAUUCGUGAACCGCCAUUGUUGUGUUGCAAAUACGCAUGCGCUUGACCACAAACACUUAAUGCGCACGCUUAGAUUGGAAAAACUGAUCUCAAUCCAGGACUGCAUAAACCUGGAUCACAAAAAAAUUAUGAAAUGUGAUAUAUAGUACAUGAGAGCAACGUCAAUAUAAUCCAAUGUCAAAGAAAUUUAAACCUUUAGUCAAGUUUUAAUGACAUUAGCCGCAGGUUCACACUUCACGGAAAACAUUCUCUCAAACACUCUCUCUUAUAUUUAUCAUCAAAGGUCAAGUACGAUGUAUACAAACACUAACAGUACAAGUCGGUGCGCCUUCAAGCUCGAAACGUCGAAGUUCUCCUACGUAUUUUUCAGGUAGUUGUAUCCCCGUCAAUCCGAAGCUUUCGUUCAUAUUUCCCCCAGAAUUUUUAGUUGCUUUCAAUCGAUUUCCGUGUAAAAAGUAUCAAAUUUUCGACGAGAAAUUCUAAAUACUUUGUUUUAUAUAUUUUGUAACAAUUGCUGAGCAUGCAUUGAACUCACGUUGGAAAUCCAACGUAGCCUACUAUAUGCCGCUAGCCAAUCACCGGCCUGAAUCAAUUCGAGCUAUGCAAACUAUUAACCUUCGAAGGGCAUGCUCGAGGUACGAGAUUGCGUUCAGCACAGCACACACAGACAUAAAACUUAUAAAACUUAUUUAAAUAUAUAAAGACGAAGCUGCAUGGACAUCAUGGAAGGCGAGGCCAUGCAAGCUUUCUGUUAUUUGAUAAAUAAUAAUGGCCCUUAAUUAAAGUAAAAAAAGUAUAAAUAAUAAUGGCCCUUAAUUGCCCUAUAAUUAAAUUUGUUUCAACACAAUCAAGGCCGUUUUCCACUUCUAUUUCAUCGCACAGAAGCGUAGCGUACCUCUUCGUUUCCUGAGCACUCGAAUGGAACUAAUGACUUCGAUACAAAUGAAAAAGCUACAACAUGUUAGGAUACGGUUGUAGUAUCGUCCGUUACAUGUUUGUUUACUUCAUGGUUAGAUCUGUCGGCAUGCUCAAGAAUUUAUAAUAAUUAUAUUAAUUAAAAAUUAAAGUGUAAGUUUAUAUUUGCAGUUUCAAUGAAAUGGUUAUCCAGAGCAUUUUGUGCUUUCUAUUAUUAAAAUGGUUGUUUAUUAAAACUAAACUCAAUAUUAUCAGAAAUUAACAAUAUACUCACUCGCAACUGGCUCUUUAGAUAAUCUCUAAUCCUUUAAUCGUGUUGAAUUUUUUCCAUAUCAUUUAUUUUUCAAGGAAGAAAAGUAAUCCUUUAUUGUUCUAAUGGGUCUCUUGUCUCUCCAUAUUAUCCUGAAUCUUACCUGAGGGACAUCGAACAGAUUUAUUAUGUGAUAGUCCCCGCUGGACACGUGAUACUAAAUUUCACUGAAAUCCGCUUGUUUAGUGGACAAUACUCCGACGACUCUGUGACGAUCUAUGACGGAAAUAAUACCUCGAAUGAACUUAUUAUUGGCAACUUUCAAGGCAGCAUUCCAGUGGAUAGCCCUGCAUGGUUUGUUGGCUCCAGUAAUACCAUUACCGUUAAAUUUUACUCCGGAAAUGAUACCGUUUCAAAUAGGACGUUUCGGUUUAACGCAACUUACACUAUGAAUAUCACUGAAGGUAUGUUUUAUUUUGUCUGAAACAACUGCAAAAUAAUAGCCUACAGGCUGGAUAUAUACUCCCCAAGCCAACGGCGCGGAUCGCCGUUCCGGGCGUAAGCCCGGGUCGAGGGUAUUAAAUCCGCCCGGCUAUUUACGCCCGGGAAAACGAAAGCAUCAGCGAUCGAAAUCUGAAAUUCAUCAAUGAUCGAGGGCGUGGGCGACCAACGGCACAGAUUAAUUUAAGAGAACCAGAUGACCGACUUCAGUCAAAAAAGCGUAUUGUUCACUGCGCAUGGCUUACUGCGCAUAGCUCAGCAAGUGACCAGAAGUAUUCACCCCACCCCAACCCAACCUACCCCACCACCCCCACCCCACCCCCACCCGACAUUAAAUUUCAAAAUGGCGACAACAAUUUUAUUUAAAGACAACAAACAUGAAAAUAAUUUGUUUCGUAAAACGUUUUGAUUACAAAUGUUCUCUGUUCAGAGGUUAAUUGAACCAUGUUUGAUGGACGUUCUUAUUGAGUUACUGACUCACUAAGACGAGAUCGACGACUUGAGCUCAUUUUAGAUAAUGUAACAUUCAAUUUUAAUUCCUUCUUGGGAUCGGAAUUGUCUGUGGUUCGUUUUCCAUGCAAUUCCCAACGAUGGAAGAAUGUGAUUUCGACCGGCAAUUUUUAUUUGACGAGCAUGUGGCCAUUUCUUAUCGUUACGAUUUAAAGAGUAUCAUUGAAAAGCUAAAUAACUGCUCUUUUGUCUUAUGUAAAAAUUUAGUUGUUUAGCCACGUUUAUGAUGUACGACAACCUGUUGAUUUUCCAUAGCUUUUUUUUAGACACCCUUUUUCCUAAUACUAUUUUACUGUAUCAUAUACUUACAACUUGUCAGGCCUAUUUAACCCAUUAAUCGCAUUGCGCCCUAAUGCACUCUACUUUAUUGUUCACUCUAUCUAACGCCAGACGAUAUUACUCGUCAAGGAGACAGCGCUGGCAGCCUGGCACUUAAUCGUUAAAUGUUAACAGAAUUAACUAGUAUAAAAAAUACAAUCGAACCUCAAAUUAAGUGGCCACUACUUUGAUAUGUGGCCAUUCAAUGGAAUGUGGCCACUUAAAGGAUGGCUGCUUAAUGGAGGUUCGUGUAUAGAAGUCUCAUAUUGGCCUAUAGAAGUCUCAUAUUGGCAUAUAUAUAUAUAUAUAUAUAUAUAUAUAUAUAUAUAUAUAUAUAUAUAUAUAUAUAUAUAUAUAUAUAUAUAUAUAUAUAUAUAUAUAUAUAUAUAUAUCAGUAUACUGUAACCACAAAGCUAUUUUAAUUAAGGUUGUGACCGACAAUAGUUUGAUGUACAAUAAUAUGAUUGCUAAAUGAAUAAUGGGAAUAAUGAGAAUAAUGAUAGAUUUAAUAAAUUAACACUUCAAAUAUUUUAUAAUUAUUUGUUUGGUAUUGAUGUGUUAAAAAAAGAUCGUUUUUUUAGCUUUUGAUUGUACAUUUAACUAUUGUCUGUGACACUAACUUUACAUAGAGUAGCUGUAUAUUAUUAUAAUAGGACAAAUGCAAGUUGUGCAUCUAAUACUUUCAAGGUAGGGUGGUCUAGGUAGCCUGUGCUACAGCCGUACAGUAUUCACAGUCAUAAUUCCUCUUCAUUUUCAGAUGUGUCUACUGAUAGUACUAGGUCAAUAUUUCUCUUGUGUUUGUUUAGUUUAUCAUGAAAUACAGCAUUGUUUAAUGUUGCUGUUAAUGUAUUUGAUAAUGUAUCGGUGAAUCCUUUAAGAAAAUGAUCAUUGAUGCUUGUAAAUGGUUUCAAUUCCAAGAGAUGACAUAACGACUUAAUUCCUACAGCUACUGUAUGUAGAAGUUGUUUAACAUUUCUGCAAUCCCUCCAGUCAGUCUACUUAACCAUUCCAACCACUUGGGUGUUUUUUAGCCCCAUUCUUUGAAUUGAUGUUAAUUUUGGACGAUUCUAAAGUCUGUCGUCACACGCAAGAAUCCCACAAUAUACAAUAUCUGCCAAACGAAGCAAGUUUUUAUUUCGCUAAUCUUGUUUCUGCACUUCACUUGGUAAUAUUAAAAUGCUGUUUUUAGGGUUUAUAUUCACUUGGAUUACAAACCAUAAAACAGAAUUCUUCUAUUGCGCUAGCAAUACGAAUAGUUUUUUUCAAUACUUCUUGUCGAAAAAAUACCACAACAAAGGCGACACUUCAUUGCAAAAACAAAACGGAUUUCGGACAAAUCAUCUUUGGAGUUUUCUUUUGCUGUGCCAUAGCUUGAGAGCUACUGCAUCACUUUGUAUAAGGGUGCAUUCGACCUUUAUUUUCUUUGCGUUAAUAAAUAAACGGCUCCACUUCAAGGUGUAAUACAGACCUCCAACUAUGCAAAUUAUAGCAAAUAUGACUAAAAAGCUUUCAAGUGGUGACAUAUUUCUUAAAAAAUAACACAAAAACCGAAAAACCCCAAAAUUUGGGUUAAUAGAGAGCGUAAAUGGCCGUGUUUUCCAUACAGAGAGUGUAGAUGUUUUCAUUUUCGCUCUUGGGCAUUCCUGCCUUUUGUAGCAAUUCCCCUACCAUUUUUCCCUAUGUGGCAAGGAGACGGCAAUUCGAAUUACCCCUACAGUACCACUCAGAAUUAACCUAACAAAAACCGCGGUUUAAUCUCGGUUGAACCUCGGUUUGACUGCGGUGUGACCGCGGUGAUUUAAAGGUUUGACCGAGGUUAGUCCGCGGUAAUUUUGAGGUUAAACCGCGGUGACCGUGAGGUUUGACGAGGUUUGACCGCAACCGAACCGAACCGAUCCGCAAGCUUCGUAUAUACUCGUAAUAGCAUUCGUAAAUAUUCGUGUAUUUCCGAAGGGUCAUUAUAAAAACUCCGUGUGUGCUUUAUAAAUAUUGACAUAUUUUGUAAACAUUGAGGCAUGGGGCGGUUGUCGCUUUAUGCCAGGGAGCGAAUUGUCUCCUUACUUUCGACAAAUACUUCAGUUGUUGGAAUAACUAAGAGUUUAAACGAAGAAGGCAUAAAGGCGUCGCGAUCCGCUGUAAAUUUAUUUAUUUCAUGUCGCUUUCGCAAUACUGAAAUUCUUCACGAUGCCCCACGUAGCAAUGCAUGUGCAUUUUGUUUCGGCUUAAAUAAAGGAACUUAUAAGCUUGCCUCGUCAAUAUAUGCAAGUGUUUAUAAACAAAAAAAAACUCAUCCAAGUAAGGCUCAAAAACUCCUACCCAAAUUUUGAACAAAAAUCAUCAGACAGCAAUAAAAUAGCGCUAAAAUAGGUCUCUUUUUGUUUAUUACAGUUUAAAUAGAUGUUUUAGAAUAAGUAAGAAUUUGGUGCGCGCAUCAACUUAAAUUAACUUUCCUCUUUAAUAUUAUGAAGGCUAAAGGUUAUAAAGCGUGUACCUAAAAUGUAAAUAAAAUCUCGGUCUUUUGGGCACACACGUUAUAACCUGGAGCCUUUAUUAUAAAACUUUAUUAUAAUUGACAAUCUAGCCUUUAUUAUAAAACUUUAUUAUAAUCGACGAUCUGCUGUAGCCCUUAUUAUAAUUGACGCUGACACCACAGCCUUUAAGUUUUCUCUUAGCUGUUAUAUUAUAGCCCGAGUUAGCAUUUUAUUAUUGAAGACAUUCUAUACCGUGAAUAUUUUACUGCUUUUGGUCGGAAAACCUCGGAAUCAGAAUGCACUAUUAAACCGCGGUUAGCUUCUUGCCGAUGCGUGGGUUAACCGCAAAAAAACGCCCGAUAACCGCACGUUACCCGCACGUUAACCGCCCGUUAACCGCCCGAUAACCGCACGUUAACCGCAGGCUAACCGCAAAACGACCGCAACCGCAGUGUUAGGUUAAUUCUGAGCGGUACUGUAAGAUCUGGGGGUUCACAUGACCAGAGGGGAACCAGGGUCUUCGCUGUUGCCCAGCGCAGGUAAAAAACCCUGGCUUGCGAGAUUGCCUCCUCUUCUUCCGCUUUACUCCCAAACACGCUCCAGCAAAGCUGGUCACAUCAACCCCCAAAUCUGACGUGUCUUGAAUUAAGGCCCCGUAUGCUUAUUAGGGAGGAGUGGCUGAGUAAGACAUAAUCUUUCACAGUUGACAGUAAAUACAUGCAUUGCUAACGGAUCGUAAUGCGAAAUACUGUAUAAAGGUAUAGCCAAAGAUACUCCAAAACAAACUAAAGGCAAUAAAUCAAGCAAUUCAGAUAUCUACUGUAGAUCUCUACAGAGUUCUGUAUUUCAAACCUAGGAAAACUUAGUUCUCAAUAUGUUGUACAAUUACAGCAGAGGACUACAAUUACGAUUACGAUUACGGUACAGGGAGCAGAAGAGUCGAAUUUAUCUAGUAAAACAAGACAAACGCCGUCUUACCUUGUUAAUUGUAUUAUAUUCCAAGUCAGUGCAGUAAAAAUUCAUAAUAAUUCAUCAACAUGAACGAAUAUAAACCAAACUAUUUACCAAAAUGUGAUUUUCAAUAUUUUUACGUACUCUGCCACCUUGCAUUACUGUAGUGUAGUUAGUAGACUGGUGACGUAUGACGUCACCAUAGUAAUGUAUAUAAGCGUGUGGUUAUUCUUUAUUAAAGGCAUUAUUAGUACAUAGCAGUGACUUACGACACUACAUAUUGGCGGCGAGGAUGUGGGCCAACGAGAAUUGUAGAAGAAAUGGCUGAACGCGUAUUGCCACCGCCCUCUAGAUUUAACCCGGAAGCUUCUGACUUGUUUACUGAGUGGCAGCAAUGGUUGAACGCUUUCAAAAUCUAUGCCACAGCGACAGAACUCGUCAAGAAGUCAGACGAAAUUCAAGGAGCGACACUACUGAAUUGUUUUGGACCAGCUACACGGAGAAUCUUCCAGACAUUCCCUGGUGAUAAGAAAGCUUGCAAGGAAGCUGAAGCCGUUCUAGAGAACUAUUUCGCUCCGAAGCGAAACGUGGUGAGCGAGAGAUAUCGUUUCAGAUGUCGUGCUCAACGGCAUGACGAACCAAUAGACUGUUAUGUUGCAGCACUACGUGAACUCGCUAAAUCCUGCGAAUUUAAUGAACUUGAAAGCGAAAUGAUUAGAGAUCAGAUAGUAGAGAAGUGCUAUUUGAAGAAACUGAAAGAACGUUUGCUUCAACAGGACACUCUUGAUUUAAAUAAGGCUGUUGGAAUCGCAAAAACAACGGAGAGUGCAGAGCAAGAAAUCCAGCUGAUGACUGGAACGAAAGAAAACCCCAUAAUAUUGAAUCGUUUGAACUGAACCGGCGGUAAAGGCAAGUUUUGCAAAGCAAAGAAAGACUUUUCCUGUUUCAGUUGUGGGGCAAAGAUGGUCACACUGCAGACAAGUGUGGAGCAAUCUCGCUGAAUUGCAGGCAAUGCGGAAAGGUGGGACACCUUGCUCGUGUUUGCCGUUCGAAUUCGUCAGACCAACGACGAAGUAGCUCCGAGAAACCAAGAGGAAAUAAGAAGCAUCAGAAAUCGAGAAAGAUUUGGGCUAUAACAUCCAAAAAUUGGUUGCAAGAAUCUACAUCAGAAGAUGACGACUUCGAACCGGUCCAUCGCCUGAACAGUAAAGAUAGUUCUGUUCAAGUAGCCAUAAAUGAGCAUGCAGAAAGUUACAAUGGUAGUGGACACUGGAAGCAAGCAGAACAUGAUAUCAUCCAGAUUUUACAAAGCUCUGUUCAGAAACUGUGA